GCGAGCAGCUUCUCAGCUGAUCCGGGGAGGCGGAAGUGCCUCCCAGCCCUGGACGGCGCUGGACUUUGCCUUGGGAAACGCUGCUGAGGCGCAGGACUUUAUUCUUGGAACAUUUCUGUGCUUUGGCCAUGGAAGAAGAAAAGCCAAGCCCUCUCUCUCUUUUAUUCCCACUGGGUCCCCAUCUCAGCCGUCGCCCCUGACCAAACCAGCCCUUAUUAAAAACCAGCGCCUUUCACAUCGCCCUCUAUUAUUCUCCCGCGGAAGGGAGGAAAUAUAUAUAUAUAUUAUAUUUUUAAAAAGAUUCCUCCCCAACAUUGAAAGAGGGGAGAAGAAAGGAAGGAAGGAAGGAAGAGGAGGGGGAAGGAAGUCCUGCCGCAGGCUCUCCCUUCCCCGGCAGACUGCGAUGAACUCAUCUUGGGGGGCGUCGGCAUGGCAUCCUUCAAGCCUUUCGGCCAGGCUGGGCCGAGAGAAGACGAGGAGAAUGGAGGCGACUUGGACCGAUCUCUCCAGCAGAUGCUUCGGGCAAUAGUGGAGGAGAGGAACCGCGUCAACAUCCGCCAGGAGAUCAGCGGGCUCGGUUGUUUCAAAGAUGACCGCAUUGUAUUCUGGACUUGGAUGUUUUCCACUUACUUUAUGGAGAAAUGGGCCCCCCGGCAAGAUGACAUGCUCUUCUAUGUCCGAAGGAAACUGUCAUACGUUGGUGGAGACAAUACAGAUGGGAAGAAGCAGGUUGAAGUGGAAGUGUACCGCAGGGAUUCUAAAAAGCUGCCUGGCCUGGGAGAUCCAGAUAUCGACUGGGAGGAAAGUGUCUGCUUGAACCUUAUCCUUCAAAAGCUGGAUUACAUCGUGACUUGUGCGGUGUGUACUCGUUCAGAUGGAGGGGAUAUCCACAUUCAUAAAAAGAAAUCCCAGCAAGUCUUUGCAUCUCCAAGUAAGCACCCUAUGGAUAGCAAAGGGGAGGAAUCGAAGAUCAGCUAUCCAAACAUAUUUUUUAUGAUUGACAACUUUGAAGAGGUGUUCAGCGAUAUGACUGUAGGAGAAGGUGAGAUGGUCUGUGUGGAGCUGGUUGCCAGUGACAAAAGCAACACCUUCCAAGGAGUUAUCUUCCAGGGAUCGAUCCGCUACGAAGCCCUCAAGAAGGUCUAUGACAAUAGGGUAAGCGUUGCAGCAAAAAUGGCCCAAAGGAUGUCCUUUGGCUAUUACAAAUACAAUAAUAUGGAAUUUGUGCGAAUGAAAGGGCCACAAGGAAAAGGACACGCGGAGAUGGCUGUGAGUCGCGUUUCAACUGGUGACACGUCUCCCUGUGGGACAGAGGAAGAUUCAAACCCAGGUUCACCUCUACAUGAGAGAGUCACUUCAUUCAGCACACCUCCAACUCCGGAGCGCAACAACCGCCCUUCUUUCUUCUCCCCAUCUCUCAAAAGGAAAGUGCCACGGAAUCGAAAUGCUGAAAUGAAGAAAUCCCAUUCUGCCAAUGACAGCGAAGAGUUCUUUAGGGAUGAUGAUAGCGGAGAUCUGCACAAUGCAACAAACCUUCGCUCGCGGUCUUUGUCUGGAACGGGGAGAUCUCUGGUGGGCUCAUGGCUGAAGCUAAACAGAACAGAUGAAAACUUCCUUCUCUAUGCACAUCUAACCUACGUCACAUUGCCAUUGCAUCGGAUCUUAACAGAUAUUCUGGAGGUGCGGCAGAAACCGAUUCUGAUGACAUAGCAGAGAGCUGGGCACCGCCUUGGAAGCCAUGCAGCCAAGUGCCUAAAAGCAACAACUACAGUGCUCUUCUGUCACAGCAGCACCACCUAGUGUCAGGAACUUAACAUAACACUGAAAAAAGGGAUGUUUUGGGAAUUACCAGCCAGCCAUUCAAAAAGUGCCUCUUCCUUCCUCCCUCCCUCUGCUAUACAUACUAUAUACUCCCUUUAAAAAAAAAGAAAAAAAGACUACAUCUCUUUAUAAGUUAUGACUGGCAGAAAUAACUUGACCAAUAAAGAAGACAAAGGGGGAAAUAAAGAAGAAAAAGAACCCCUAACAACACGAAAGUUGGGGCUGUGUUUAAAACUAUGCUUUAUGAACCAUUUGUUACAGUGUUUACUUCAUAACUGAAAACCAACCAACCUGUACAGAAUGUAUUAACCUUUAUAUAUUUCGAGAGAAAUGUCCAUAGGAUUUCAUACUGAUGUACCAAUGAACUUCAAUGAACUUCUGAGAGAUGGUUGAGAACACUCCUUUGUUGCAUCAUAAAACAACUUGGUGUAUGUGUUUUAAAGUUGAUAGGGUAGCAGAAUAGUAUAACAGCAAAGGGAAGUUAGGGACUUGGACUGAGCAGACCAAAUGGAACUUGAAGUCUUUGGUCUUUACGCUUCCCAUGAGUGAUAUAGUUUAAAGGCUCACGUAGCAAAACCUGAUUCCGCAAUGACAUCUUCACCUACCAAAGAUCAGCGAAAAGUACAGCCCAAAAGGCUUGAAAGAGUGAGAUCAACACUUUGAAGAAAUGUGCUAAAUGUGAUUUGGUUUCAUUAUGGCUAUUACUUCUAGGAGCAGAUCUGUCUCUAGUAGCAUAGAAUGUCUGCAUUCGAGAAGCAGGAAACACAAACUUUAAAGACUCUUAGUACCAAAAAACGCAGCAGACCUCAGCCAGUUACAACAUCAUUGGAAAUUAAAACUAAUUGAAGUGGGCUACUCGAAAUCUUUUAUACAUCAAACUUUUCACUAGUACUAUAUAAUGCAACUCGUUUUCCUGGAUCUUGGUUCUGCUAAUUCUGUGAUUCGCUGUGCUUUGGUAUACAGAAGCCUAAUUAUUUAAAAGUCUCUAGAACUUUGAUAUUUUGUAAAAAGAAAGAAAAAGGAAAUCCUGGCAAGGGCAGAGAGUUGGUAUUUGUGGGGUGCUGAUUGCAGAUCCAAGUAUGUUGCAGUUGUAGCAGACAAUCUUGCCUGUCUGCUUAUAGCAGAGGUUUCACUGCUCUACAAACAUAGGUACUGUUCUGAGGUGAGUUCUUCUUCAAAACGGUUCUUAAGCUUGAGUUUAAAAGAUCUGCCCAUGGAGAGCAUCUCUUGGUUGGUGUUUGACUUCUCAUAAAUAUCCUCUCCCACCCACCCCCACUUCUCAGUCCCCAAAUAAGUUUUGCAUUUGAUGUUUUUGUGGAGCAAACUGACCACGCCCAUGUCUGCUAAUUUCUCUCUUUUCUUUUUUAAAUGAUGGACAGCCUGAAUAACUCACAUGGGGAAGGAUGAGCAGGGUGACUCUUCCAGCGUGCCAUUUCCUGCUGUGUGUGGUCAUCAUCCCAGCAAUACUGCCAAGUACCCCGUUUUCCCCGGGAAAACCCCUUUUUUACUUACCUUUUCCCGGUGGUCCCCCAUAUCACUUCGUCUCCCGUUUUUCUCCGUUAUUUUCUCCUGCCGGAGGCCAUUUUUUUUCUUUCCGAUUUGCCCUUCUAUGGGCACCAAAAAUGGCCACCGCCGGCUUCAAAAGUCGCAUCUACGCAUGUCCGGAAGUGUAUAGAUGUGACUUCCGGUGUCGGUGGCGGCCAUUUUUGGUGCCCAUAGAUGGGCGGAGCAACACCGGAAGUUGCAUCGACGCACUUCCUGACAUGCAUACAAGCGACUUUCGAAGCCGGCGGCGGCCAUUUUUGGUGCCCAUAGAAGGGCAAAGCAACACCGGAAGUUACGUUGACGCAACUUCCGGUGUCACACGGCUGCCGGUCCCGGAUUCUGCAGUCCGGGACUUGGAAGGUAAGCAUCCCAGUUGUGGUGCUGGGAAUGAGCCUGGCUCUCUCUGGAAGUGCUCUUUGGAAUAACAGUAUGGCUGCCUUCAUCCUGAAAUUCAGCUUGCUCAAACUCUAGUUCUUGAAAUGGCUCCUUUAAUUGUAAAUCUCAUUAACUGUCCUCUGUCAUUGCCCUACCUUUUUAAAUAAUGCAUUAUAGCCAAAACACGGGUUAACAAGUCUGAUUGGCAACUAUAAAGGGUGGGAAGAAAGAAAAUGGGUGUGUUUCUCUUCAUUUAAAAAAUUGAGUUCCAUUUCCAUUCUAAAGCAAAUGCAACAAAUAUAGAGUAUUCCUUUGGCAGAGACCAAUCAGGAAUGUAACCAAGCAAGUGCCACUCAGAUUCGUGAGAUUUUGCUCUCUGUAUGGAGAUUAAUACCAUGGAAGACAAACCCUGGACUACUAUUUUUCUUCCUUCCACAACUACUUUUUGUCGUCCCCUUCUCCUUGUGCCCUCAAUCUUUCCCAACAUCAGGGUCUUUUCCAGGGAGUCUUCUCUUCUCAUGAGGUGGCCAAAGUAUUGAAGCCUCAGCUUCACUAUGGCAUUAAGUAGUUCAGCCUAUCAAAUGCAGCUAUUUCUUUAUAUCAUGGAUUGUUCCCCUUGUAGUUAUAAUUGAAUAUUGGUUGUGGAAUCCCUCCUCCUCCUGAAGCCUUUGCUUCUCUCGCUCCCAUUCCUGCACUGAGCCACUUCGCUUGCAGCCUUGCACGCUGCACUUGUUCAUGGACCGAGUUACUGCGGGUGAAACACGGCUGUUCGAAUGUUCUAACAUGUUAAGCGGGACAGGAAUGACCAAAGCCUUUCCUGCACACACAGCCAAUGUGUCGGGGGCAGAAGUUAGCCUUCUUCUGACCUACUCUGUACGUGGCAGGGUUUUAUUGAAUACAUUAAGACACGAAGUUCUCUGCCCGCUGUCUGAAGUGGUAUAGCCAAGAAACAAAUGGUGUGUGGCUGCUGAUUGUAUAUCUUAGCUCUUAAAACUGGUGCUUCCUUAAAACAGCAGUUGCAAACAAGUGACAAAAAUUGCUAUAAAAUAAACUUACAGCCACUGUGAUUUUUAAAAAAAAACACACACAAAAACCUGGAAUGUCCACCAUGCUGGAACAAAGUACACUUGCACAUUACAGCAAACAAGGGUGCCGCUGCCAAAAAUGGCCUCCUUGACUUGUCGUACUGCUUUUCCUGCUGCGACUCAAGUUCUGAAUUUCCCUGCCUGUCCCUCAUCCUAGGUCAUCAGUCAGUGAAAGGACAUGUUAUGUGGAAGAGGUGAGAAUAUGAAAUGGGAAUACCUUAAAACCCCUGCCAAAUCAAGAGUGCCGUUAAUGAGGGUAAAACAAUAGGUCCGCAUUCAUUUCCAAGCGUACAGUGCACCUUUGAGGUGAGCCCCACUGUGUUCAGUAGGGCUUAAUCUUGCAUCAGAUUGUAGCCUUAAGGUAAUGUAAUUCUGAGGCAGCCUGGUGGCUUGAAUACAAGUCCCACCGAGCACAUCAAAAGGGGGGAGGGAUUCUUUAGACAGCAUUCUUGGGGGGGGGAAUGCAACUGAAGUCUUAAUUGUUCAUUUAUUUUUUAAUGUUCCUCCUUAAAACUGAUCAGAGAUGGAUAUAAUCUGUAUCUCUUUCAGGCUGGCAUUGUACAUUUAAUUCUUCAGCAAAAUGGCUACCUACAGUUCUUAUUAUAUGCAACUUUGAAAUUCAAAUCGCCGAAAGAUUACAAGGGGAAGAGAUCAUCUCACUCCUAGAGGCAUGUUUGAAUUUUCCAAGUUUUGCAGAUUAAUGUCAAUUUUUGCUUCGAGCUGGGUUACUCCUCUGCAGGCCCAGCUCUAGGUGUAGUCCCAGUGGCGCGGGGCGCCAGGGCGUGGGGCCGGCAGGGGGGGCGCUGUGCGGCAAAGCCGCGCGGAAGCCAUGCUGCGAGGGCGGGGGCGUCGGAGCGAUUUCCGCACCUCAGCGCCAGACCUGCUUGAGAUGGCCCUGCUCCUCUGCCAGCUAUUGCCAUGCUGUGCCUCAGAAAGAAAAGGCUGGACCACAUGCUGGCGAGGCCUGUUUUAGUCCUCCUAAAGUGGCCUUUAACAUAAUGUGCAGCUGUACAUAGAUGGGUUUGAAGGACUUUAAUGACACACGUAAUCCCCUCCACCCUAAAUCUAUGCUGCACUCUCUUGAGAAGUGUUUUGUGGGCUGAAUCACUUAAUGUUCAUGUUUGGAGAACAGCUUUGCCAAGCCCUGUUCCCUCAUAGGCAAUGGUCGUGGGCCGGAGGCUACACCUGUUUCCUUGGACUGGUUUACAUCAUCUGUAGAGCAGCGCCAGGCAGAACAUCCAUCAGGGUCUCCUCAUACUUCAUUCACACUACGUAAGGGUUUCGGAUUCAAAAGGAAGUUAAAAAAAAAACCAAAACCUGUCAUGGCUGGUUGUAUGCUAAUCCAUGAUUUAUUGCAUUUAUUUGUCACUUUAUAGAACAAGAUCUCAAAGCAACUUAGCAGCUACAUAAAAUACCUAACAGCAAAACCACAUCAGGCCAGUGGCCCAUUUAGAUCAGCACCCUGUUCUCUCAAUGGCCAAUCCUAUACUUGUGGGAAGGACUGGAGCACAAGAGCUGCGUUUCCAGCAACUGGUCUUCAGAAGCAUUUUACUUCCUACCCUGGAGGCAGAAUAUUACCUUUGUGGCUAAUAGCCAUUAACAGUCAUUAUCUCCACUAAUUUUUCUAAUCCCCUUUUAAAGCCAUCCAAAGGGCCUUCCUGGAUGCUUUUGACCAGAUCUUUGCCCAACCGUACUUUUAAGAACCUCGGAACUGUAGGAACUCCGAUAAAGAUUUGUACUGUUACUUGCUUGAUUACCUGAGUGUUUUUACAUCAACAGAUGCAGCUGAAAACAGACUGCUUCAGUUUGUCAGGCUACAGAAACGCCUUGAAGGUAAUUGGUUGCCUGCCCCUGCUGUAAAUAGUGGCACAAACCACAUUUGCCUGUACCAGAGGCAAGUCUGUCUAGUUAGAAACAGCCUUAAUUUUUAUUUACUACCAAGCAUCAGCUAAACUACUUCGUAAUUUACAUCUCAGUGUUUCAGCUCCCCCCCCCCACUGCUGCUUUCAGACAGUGUGGUCUGUUUUUUCUAAGUGCUAGAUCAAUUUUUAUGGUUAAUGUUAAAUACCUUAAAUAAACUACAAAAUUCUGUUACCACAGGGCCUUAUUCACCCAGGCACCAGGGCCGGCUCUUCAUAGCCCCCCGGUGGCGCAGUGCACCAUGGCGCGGGGCUGGUAAGCUGGGCGCCGGCCCGGAAAGGAGGGCGCCGCGCGGCAAAGCCGCGCGGAAACCAAUCGCGCCCUGUGAGGGUGGGGCGGGCGGCGGAGCGAUCUCCGCCCCUCAGCACCAUGGUGCGCGAUCUGCUCAAGACGGCCCUGCCAGGCACGUCCAGUACUUUGUAUGCUGGAAUACCAAAUGGUGGUUUCCCUGCCUGUCCACCCAAACUGCAACUUUAGUAUACCCUCGUAUGAUUAAGAGGACAGUCUCUUUAGAGCAGGCAUUCCCUAAACUUCCCCCCUCCAGAUGUUUUGGACUACAAUUCCCAUCAUCCCUGAUCACUGGUCCUCUUAGCUAGGGAUCAUGGGAGUUGUAGGCCAAAACAUCUGGAGGGCCGCAGUUUGGGGAUGCCUGCUUUAGAGCAAGCGUGUAAAUUUAAGCAAUCCAGAUAAACCUGCUGCUAAGCUCACUUGCUACCUUCAGCAGUUAGUGCAUAGGCAGAAAAAACACUUGCACUCAGAUUUGUCAAUUUGUCAGUAAGAAAUGAAUUCAGGGCAUAAUGAGAUGCCAGAAAUGUGUAUGAGCAAAAUAUCCAAUAGAUAGGAAUAGUGUGUGUGGAUUCUGUGGAUUUGUUGAUUAUAAGGCACACUAGAGUCAUUUCAAAAGAGACCAUUGACUGGCGAGAGCUAGGCUGCAGAGUGUUAGGUGGUAGAAGAUGGGUAUUGCCCUCUGUUGACUCAGUUUCCCCAGCACUACCGUGUUUCUCCAAAAAUAAGACACCGUCUUAUAUUUAUUUUUCCUAAAAAAAAACAACCAAAACACGGUGGCUUAUUUUCAGGGGAUGUCUUAUUUUUUGCCUAGCCUCUUCCUUGGCACCCUCCAGAAUUGCGCCUAUCCUUCCGUUUCGUCGCGCUGGUGAAGUUGGAUGCAGGGACUUCGUGCUCUGAAGUCCCUGGCUUCGUGGAGGGGGGGGGGGAGUCCGCAGAGCGAGCGGACUCCCCGAAAAAACACCGGGUAGAGAGUCCCGGUGACAUAGUGCCCAGCUGUUUGCUCCGAACGCGAAUCCUCUGCUGCCCGAGAGCUCAGUAGAGCAAUCGAGAGCCAGCGGAGUGGAGCCGCGGGAGCCAUUUUUGGGUUUCAUCUUACCUCCUUGAAGUGAAGCUCCGAGUCCUCAGCCUGCAAGCGGCUUAUUUUAUGGGUAUGUCUUAUUUUCAGAGAAACCAGGUAGGGCUUUGCUUUCUACCACUGUGAAAGCCAUUUAGGAAAAGUGGUACACUUUGGGCUAAGGUGGGUCCUGGUGACUAACAAUGCAGAACUAAACCUACUCUUACCUUUAUAGCCCACUCUGUUUCUUGAUCACACUGGGGUUGGAGCUUUUUAAAAUGUUAAUUCUUACCACUGUGUUAGAAUAUCCUGUAUUGGAAUCAAUGGCAGGUAAUUUAAUUCAUAUAGGAUGACCUUCUAGCAUCAAAGAGGUACUUCACUACUCAGACACUGAAUGCUCUUAAUAAUCCUUAGGGUGAUAACUGAGUAACAAGCAUUCUUGAUUGCUAUUACAUGCGAUGCACACUGUGGCCUUCCCAAUGGUCAUUUAUUGAAAGCAGCCUUUGGCCAUAAACCUAGUUUUGUGCAUCUCUUUGACCUUCGUCUCAUUGUGACUGCCUUAGGAUCCUUGCCGCAUGAGGCUAGCCUUCCCUCCCAUCAGGGGUGAUGGAUAGGAUUUACCUUAACCACAAACAGUGCAUUCCUUUCCUUUCUUAAAUAUGAACAGAUGACAUUCAUUUGUACACCUGAAGCAGGGCAAUUGUUGAUUCUAGCAUCUAACAGAAUGCUAAGAACUGUUCUUUUAUGCAAAGAUAUAUUCAAGCUGCUAGUCAACAUGGAAAUUACCUUUCACUACAUUGAACUUGAACAUCAUUUGCCAAUUUCUUGAUUAUUAUUUAAAACCUACGUUUCCAUGGAGAAAUCGACUCCCAGAACAGUUCACAAUAAUUCAAAUCCCAAGCAAAAUGCAAUUCAAAUAGCUACAAUAAACAUCAAUAUGAAAACCAUGACAGUACAAGACCAAGACCUCCUGCAGUCGGUUCCAGAAACCACAAUUUAACAUUCUAAACACUACUAGUCUAGGUAGAGAGAUCUUGACAACUUUCUUAGGAUGUUGGAUCCUGCUUUCUCUUUCAGGCUGCAGCUCGAUACACACAUAUACUACAAAGCACCAUAGUGCACCAUCUAUGGGACUUACUCCUGUAUAGACAUGCAUUAGAUUGCACCAUCCAAUUACAUUUCUGGAAUGAGUGUUGAUUUUGUGACUGAUUUUAGACACUGCCCCAAAGAGGGCCAUGAUGCCCAGUGACUCAGUAGAGCAAAGGUGGGGAACAAUCCCCCCCCCAAAAGAGGCUGUUGGACUCGUCAGCCCCAGCCAGCAUUACCAGUGGUCAAAGGUGAUGGGAGCUUGAGUUCCUGUUUGGCUGCACUAUUUGUGACUUAAAUGAGUCCACGCGGAAUCAGAUGGGAACCAAGCCUUGGCCUGUUUUAUCAAUGGAAUGCCACCUAGAAUGGGCAUUAGGAAUGCUUGUCUCUUCAUAUCACCAUCAAAGUCAUAGGGACCAGUUUCUCUCUAGUAUUGCCCACACAAUUAUAUGUAGAUCAAACAAUUAUUGGGCUUUCCUGGGCCCCAAAGUGCACAUUAUCCCAUUGAGAUGAAAGAUGAUGUAACUUUUUUGACCAUAGUGGUUUAGAACAGGCACCCCCAAACUUCGGCCCUCCAGAUGUUUUGGACUACAAUUCCCAUCUUCCCCGACCACUGGUCCUGUUAGCUAGGGAUCAUGGGAGUUGUAGGCCAAAACAUCUGGAAGGCCGCAGUUUGGGGAUGCCUGGUUUAGAAUCUGCCCAAGAAAUUAGCUGCCGCCCGUAGUCAGUGCUCAUUCACCACUGAAUUUAUUACACUUAAGACAGCAGCAACUGAAAGUGUACAGUGGAAUAAACUGCCUAUACUUGUACUCUUGAAAUAGUAUUUUGUACACUAAUUGUAAUUACGAGAGGCCAAGAUAAAGAGACUGAAAUGACCACUGUGGUCCUUCUGCUUCACAUACUUUCUGUAUGAUCAGAUAUACAUGUUGCAUGGUUUCUGCCUCAGUUUUGUGCUAUAAUUUUUUACAGCUAUGUAGCCGAGCCCACUAAGCAAGGAAAAUGCAACAGGGACACUUUUGUACAUGAGGGAAAAACAAAUAUUACAUACACCUAUGAUGAACAGUGACUGCCAAUAAAUGAUUCUUAAAAACGUU